AUGACCUCGCGAGAGGACUUAACACAAGAGGAUAUUGCCACGUUCAGGCGCUGCCGGAAGGAGUCCUUCUGGGGUGGGUGCGUCCCCAUGACUAUAGGGGCCACUCUGGCCGUCGCUGCCGCUCAAUCUCGUGGUUUCUUCCUCAGUCGCCCGCGGAUGCGCGUGCCGGCCUAUUUUAUAGCUGUCGUCUGUGGCUAUCUUGGUGGCAAGAUAUCCUACAUUGGCAAGUGCAAACGCAUGUUUCUGGAGUUGGAUAACAGUCGAGUGAAGGAUAUGUUGUUGGGUUCUGCCGGUGGUACCGGAUUCUCUGGCCGUGGAUCUCCCGGUGAGGGGCCAAUUGCCGUACAGACUCCGGUCGAUGAUGGUAGGCAACUCCAGCAGCCAAUGACCUACGCCCAAAGGAGGGAAUACUUCCGAAAUCAUCCUGCUCCUCCCCCUCCUUCUCCUCAAACAUCACGUCCAGAACAAACUUACCAGGAUCCAUAUGCCAAACCGGAGGAGCCUCCGGCUCUUCAGGAGCCCCAGGCCGAGACCGGUCGCAGCGAUGCGCAAUCGCCCUAUGCGUACUUUGACCAGGACCGGCCACUUAGCUCUUACUUUUCGGAGGACGCUUAUCGACCUAGAGACUGA